AUGGACGGCCAGGGUCUACCACCACGGGGAAACGUCGACUCGAUCUGUGAUGACUUGGCCCGGAUAAGUCAUGACCUGCGCCGCUACCUCGACGAAGGAGAAACCCCGAUCAGAAAAGUCAAACCGCCCGAUGUUAAAGCGGCCCGAGAUCUAUUUGAACAGAUCAUAGCUCGUAUCGGUUAUGUGUCAACCAAGGUGGCUGAGUUGCCGUUCCCAUCCUCAGACAUCCCUCCAGAGCCAUUGGCCAAUGGUCCUCACACUCCCAUAUCCAACGUCGACGUCUCAUCCAUUGUCCACCAUCAACAACAGUUUGUUCCCGCCGAGAGUGUUGAACCGAAUCAACCGCCGCAACAGGUGCAGCUAGAGCAAGAACCAGUACAACAACAAGACCAACUACAAGAGCGCCUACAAGGCCAACAACGAGACCAUCCACAAGGACAGCAAGAAAUUCAGCAUGAAGUCCAGCUACAACCCGAGCUACAGCCCCAGCAACAUGACCAGCAACAUGACCAGCAACAUGACCAGCAACAUGACCAGCAACAUGACCAGCAACAUGACCAGCAACAUGACCAGCAACAUGACCAGCAACAUGACCAGCAACAUGACCAGCAACAAGUCCAACAGCAAGACCAGUUACAAGGCCAGCAAGAAAUCCAGCUACAACCACAACAACCAGUACAACAACAGCAUGAUCAGCAACAAGCCCAGCUACAGAGCCAGCAAAAAGUUCAGCUACAACACCAACAACAAGACCAGCGACAUGGCCAGCAACAAGUUCAACAAGACCAGCAAAACCGGCUACAAUACCAGCAACGAGAGCACCGGCACACAGAAGCUGUCCCAGAAGCUGUCCCGAAUGCGGGAGCUGGCGCAGUCACUAGAGAAGAGAGCUCACAGCCGGAACCGCCAACCCAGGACGAGAUACACGCCGUUGUAACGGCCCCUCGAGUCAUUUUACCAGCCCCAGCUACAAACAGGAUCCCUACACACUCGUCAACAAGUUGCGGCACUAGUCAUAAUGUAGAAGUACGGCCUGGAGAGCCAGCUCAGCUUCCGCCUCCCAAGCUGCUUCUCGUUCCCAAGGACAGCGCCCCUCUCUUCGACUGCACUUACCAGGACGUCCAUGUCCUCAACGAGGAGCUGUUUGAGCAAUGCUCGCUUCAUCCUGAUGUCCAGGACAGAGGCUAUUUCAAACUUCAGGUCAGAGACCUUCCACCUCUCCAAGUUGGUAAAAUGGGCAGACCGGAUCAGAACCAUGCGACAUCUUUUGUCUACAAGAAGGACAAUCUAGGCCUCGUCAAGGUUGACACCGGGAAGAAACCGAGAAUCAGGUGGCCCAAGUUUCCUCUCCCUCCGACCGAGAAGCAAAAUUGGUCGUUGAAAGAGCAAAAGCAUCUGUGGAACUCUACGGCCGCACACCCGCCUAAUGGAGCCCGACCGUACAUUAUCGGCAACCCGCUAUUUGAUGAUGUCGAGCUGUCACCGGGAGAUAAGCUGAGACGCAGAGGCCCGACAGUCCUAGAAGGCAUCAACACCCAGUAUAUCUACUUCAACCUUACCGGCAAGACAAUCACGGUCAUGCAUCGAGAAGAUGCCCACGUUCGGUCGGAGAACUUGUUACGCGCCGGUGAAAAUAAGUUUUGGUGCUUUGUGAAGCCGGGUUCUGCUGCAAAGCUGGAAGAACGGAUGCGCCACGACUUUCCUGAAAUGCGCGGCUGUUCGCAAGCCCUCCGUCACCUAAGCCGCCAUAUUCCUCCCGCCAAGUUGGACGAAUGGGGGGUUGAGUAUACACUUGACUAUUGCGUUCCUGGCCAGGCCGUGGUUACUGAGCCGGGUACAUACCAUCAAGUUCUCAAUCUUGGCCCAAAUUAUGCAAUAGCGAUCAAUGUCGAAUACGAAUCAUCACCCGACGAUCCGCCCAAUUACACAUUCUGCGACGAAGCCUGCCCCGAUCAGUUUGCAAUCUCCGCCGAAGACUUUCGCAUAAAUCCAGAUGCGACGGCUAUGGACAAAAUGGCACUCCCAGCCAAGACGAAGCCCAUGACAAUGAUGGCACAGCCUAAGCAACCGGGGGCCGUUUCCCCGGGGCGCCAUUUGUUAAAUGAUGGCAUACCAUCGGGUUCUGCGCCGGCAACCGAUCAGCAACGUGAACAACAACACCCAGUCUCGGGACCUCCGCAGCAAAAACCCGAAGACGUCAAUAGUUAUCACUCUCAACAGCCAAAGUCAGCAGUACCACCUUCAAAACCAAGCACGGUUUCUACCACGGUCCAUGAACCGCCAGGUUCGGGCAUAUCUGAAGCCAAUCCGUCUGUCUUUGACUCCGGACGGGCUGAUCGUGGCCCAAUGCAGGUCGUUUCCGAACCGCAACAGGUUAUUACAGAACCAGAGGCAUCUCUAGGAGUACAACAGGCAGCUCCGGAAGUGCAGCAGGUUAUUACAGAGCCAGAGGCAACUCCAGAGCAAGAGGAGAUUGAUCUUCUACCAAUACAACCUCUUUCACAAACUGCCAUGUUUUUACAACAGCAAGAACAGGCCGGCAUGGUUCGAUCUGAGCCAGGGAUUCUGAAUCCCUCUCAGGCUCAGGCUUUGGGUCAUUCUGUUGACCACUACCAAGAGCAUCCGAGAGUACAGGCCACCUUCCCCCUGUUGCAGCAAUCGACAGCACCUCCUCUUGUGGCAACUGGACCUACGCCGCUGUUUAAGAUACCAGAUAUCCGGUUUGUAGGACCGCCUGUUCUCCAACCAUUCGACGGAGCUAUUCAGGCAUUUGACCGGGAUUUUCAGACGCAUACGUUCAGUGCUCAGCAGCCUUCAUACGGAAUCUUACAGCCUCCACCUGCACUGAAGCAGAGUAACUUUCCUGUCCAAAUCAUCGGAUCUUACGUUCAUCAAACUUCUUCGGAGAGUCCAUCAAUUUGGAAUAAUGUAGCGGCCUCCGGAGUUGGACUUAAGAGACCUGCAGAGAUAUCAAUGCAGUCAUCAGUCAAGAGAACGAAGCCGGACAACGAAGCAACUUCUUUCGGGCACCUUGCCGAUCUGCUUAGAACAGCCAAGAGCCCCCCUGUUGAACAGGUAUGGAGUAAAGCAGCCUUUUUGAGGUUGGCUGGCCUGAUCAGGGAUUGGAGGGAGUACUCUAGAUCGGUAUCCAUCCCCGGAGGCGGCUUCGACCUCCUUGAUCAUAUUGACGACGCAGAACAGAUCAGCCAGGAGCUACAUGUCUUCCUCCGUCGGUUUUUUAAGAUGAAGCUCUCGCAAUGUAUUGAAACCUCAGCUCAGGCUAACGGUCCAAAGGACGUCUCCGAUCGCCCUGUAUCAUCUCAUAUUGAUUGGGGUGAGCUUUUCCGUAAGCUCAACUGGGACGUAGCUGGUAGGAACCAGCUCAACGACUACGUUCGUGAAGGAAAAUGUUGGCGGACCAUUUGUGGGAAGUAUGAUGGGCUCCUGUGCCUUUUGCCCUCAGACAAUAGGUUCUUGGAACUGGCAAUGUUCAAGGACCAGCUUGCUCACUUCCAUGCUCAGCUCAGCACCAAUGCCGUCCGAAGGAUGUGCGCUAUGGGCCAAAUACUAGAGAAGUCCAUCUGGGAGUACUUGGAACUGCCAGAAUUUGCCUGGGAAUCUGUGGAUACAUCGGAGUUGUCUCUUGAUGAGAUUUCCCCGCUUCUGUCCCAGUUCAAACUCAUCAAGGCGAAUCAUUAUGACCGUCUCAAGUACAACUGGGGGAUACAGCCGCCACCGCUCGGUUGGACUGACCCGUGGCCAUCGGAUCCUAUGUCUGUAUCAAAGUCAGACAAGAAGGCCUGCAGCCUCUGCAAUAGCAGCAAACGGAUGACGACAGAGAAGUCAUCUUGCAAGUGUCUGGUGAAAAGGCUCCCACAUAUCCCGCGCAUAACUGAAGACGGAUCCAGAGGUGCAGGUGUACGUGCGGUUGGUUCCUUCAAGGCGGAUGAGUUUCUCGGCGAGCUCGUCGGCGAGUUGCGGCCACCACACACGACAGGCGCUCCUUACAACUCCAAUCAUCAUUACUCAAACAUACCCAACGGCCAUGCUCAAUUGAACAAUCACGACAGCAACAGAAACAAUUACGAGUGGACGAUGGAGGUCCGCCGCCCUGAUCUUCACGACCAGCUGGUGGCAGAGUUAUAUCCUCAGCAGAUGGGAAACUGGGUUCGCAAGGUUCGUCAUGAUGGCGUCAACCCGUCGGCGGUUUUCAAGGUGAUGAAGAUCACUGGGAAGUGGAGGGUGAUGCUGGUGGCCCUGAGAGACAUACGCGAUGGCGAGGAAAUCACGGCAAAGUACGGGCGAGGGUAUCGGAAGGAACAACCCUAUGAGGUUGUCGAGGGUUUGCACUGA